UCGUUCCUUCGUCCCGAGCGAGCCACCGCCGCCCUCCCAAGUCCCCAGUCCCCACCCCGAGCUUCGUUCCCCUCCCUCCCCACCCCGAGCGAGCCACCGUCUGCAAGUCGCGGAGCCAUGCCCAUGCACCCCCGACCGGCGACCACAAGCUAGUACCCCACUUUCCCUCCCUCCCUAGCCCCCAGUUCCCCACCUAGAGCGAGCAGCCGCCAGCCCGCCACCGUCAUGGAGAAGGACCAGCCGGCGAAGGAGAAGGAGCGUCUCAUCUCUUCGUUGAUGCGGAUGAAGCCCGCACCGUUGAAGGGGAAGAAGCCGACCGUGGGAAAGAAGGCGCCGGCGGGAAAGCUUGGGGACGGCAAGGUUCGCUCGAAGUUGAACCCAACGAUUGUGCUCGUCAACGCUCCUGCAGCGGCAGCACCCGCUCCGGCAACGCGACGUAGGGGUCAGGGUAUUCCUCCUCCUCCUCGCCGUGGUCGCCAGGAUCUCACUGACCAGGCUGUGGCAUCUGGUUCUGCCGUGGCAUCUGGUUCAAGAAUCUCUAGGGCCGGCGCCCGCGGUGUUGCUGCUUCAGGGACGACCGUGGAAGACGAGGAAGAGGUGCCCGAGGAUAGCAUGGAUGAACAGAAUAAGGAAUAUGAGCCGGCAGAAGAGAAUAUCAGUAUGGAUGAGGAUGAAGAUUUAUCUGAUGAUGUCAUGUCUGACGAUGAUCCAUUAUUUGGGUUUUCCCGUGGUACUGAUGAGGUAGAUUAAGAAACUGUGGCUCUGGAUUCAGAUGAAGGGCAUGGAAGUGGAGAAAAAAGCAAGAAGGGUGUGCAAGUUGGAGGGGUCAAAAUAAAAUCCAAACAUAGAGAGAAUGCUCCGUGUUGGAGGGUAUUUAAGAAGCAACCACUUGAGGAGGGAGGCAGUUUAGAGGGGGAUUUGAAGGCUAUUUGCAAGUAUUGUGACAAGGAGUAUAAGUACACUCAAGGCUCAAGUACUUCCAGCAUGAAUAGGCAUAUGAAAAACUGCCAGAAAUUGAAGAGUCACGCAGCAAGGUUUCAAAUUCAAACACGCCUUGGGUACAAGCCAGCGAAAGCUAGUAGUGCCUCAGAUGAGUCAGUUCUUUUGGCACCUGGGUAUGAUCAUGCCACCAUGAAGGAGAUUAUUGCUCCAUUUUAUCAGUUCAUUGGCAGGAAGGCAAUAAGAGCUGAGUGUUUGAGGGUUUGCAAGAAAGAAAAAGAGAUUCUAAAAAGUUCUUUGAAGAAUGUGGAGUACAUUGGUCUCACUACAGACAUGUGGACGAGCAAUCAGACCAUAUCUUACAUGUGUGUUGUGGCACACUACAUAGAUAAGAACUGGAAGAUGCAGACCCAGGUGCUUGCUUUUGUGGAGUUAGACCCCCCACACACUGGACAUGUCAUUGCUGAUGCUUUGUGGAGCUAUGUGAUUGAAUGGAAGAUAGAAGAUAAGGUGGUAUCUAUUACUCUAGACAAUGCUUCAAACAAUGAUGUUGCUGUAAGAGAUUUGAAGGCGAAGUUUGCUUUUCGGAGGGGGGUGAACUUUGAGGCCAACUACUUCCAUGUUCGCUGUUGUGAUCACAUCGUUAACUUGGUUGUAAAGGAUGAAACAACAUGUUUGGAGGACUUGAUCUCAAAUCUGAGAGAGACGGUCAAGUACUUACAAAAAUCCCUAGCAAGGCUACACAAGUUUGUUGAGAUUUGCAGAGACUUGAGGAUUGAUGUUGGAGAGCACUUGCACCUUGAUGUUUGCACAAGGUGGGGUUCUACCUAUAGGAUGAUCAAGACAGGAGUUCCAUACAAGCAAGCCUUAGCUACUUAUGCCAUUUCUGAUGCCAGCUACAAGUGGGAGCCUUCACGCAAUGAAUGGGCCAUGUUUGAGCAGAUCGAGCCAUUGCUGUUUGCCUUUGCUAGAGUUACCACUGCCUUUUCAAGUCAAUAUUACCCCACGGCUAACAUUUUCUACCCCCAUGUUGUGAGCAUGAAGAUAGCAUUGAUCAAGGCGAAGGAGAGUACGGAUGAGACAUUUCAUGCAAUGGGGAUAGCUAUGAUGGAAAAGUUUGACAAGUAUUGGGAAGAACCGAACAAUCUAAUGGUGAUUGCCACUUUUCUUGACCCAAGGUACAAGAUGAUUUUUGUGCAGUGGUGCCUAAAACAGAUCUACGGGGCUGAGAGGGCUAAAGUUGAGAUUGAGCUCGUGGAGCAAGAGUUGGAGAGUUUGUAUGAAAAAUAUGAUGCAGAAAAGAAGCAAGCCGAACAAAGGCCUAGUUCAUCAUCACAUAAGUCAUCGAGCAUGGCAAGUAGCUCCAUGCCAGCUUCAGAUGCGGAGUUCCUUAGUUUCUUGCAUUCUACCUCAAAUAGGCCAUCCAAAAGUGAAUUUAGAAACUACAUUGAUGAUCCACAUGUGGAAAUGAGUGCUUCCUUCGACCUUCUUGAGUGGUGGAAGGUGAAUGCACUUAGAUAUCCUGUGUUGGCAAAGAUGGCAAGAAGGUUCUUAACCGUUCCCGCUAGCUCUGUCUCCUUGGAGUCUACCUUUAGCACCGGUGGAAGGGUGCUUGAUAACUUCCGUAGCUCUCUAAAACCGGUCAUGGUUGAGGCCUUGGUGUGUGGAGCUAGUUAUAUCAAAGGGUCUCACAAAGACUUGAAUGCCAUGGAGGCAGAGGAAGAUGAGGAGGAUGAUGCGGAGAAGAUCAAACUUCCCAAAAGCACAAUGGCAAGCAACUACUAGUAGACCUUACAUUUGGUUGGAGUAAGAUGCUUGGAGUUGGAGGUCAAAAUGUAUGGAGAAAGAUUGGAAGUUGAAGACCUUUUGUUUGUGUUUUCGUUAUGUGGUUGAACUCGUCGUCAUGAGGAUGAACUUGUCGGUAUGUGGUUGAACUCGUCGUAAUGUGUGGACUGCCUGUGUAAUGUACUAAUGUGGAGUUGUGGACUGCCUGUGUAAUGUGUGGCUGACUGGCUGUGUGCCUGUGCUGUGGAACCUGUGCUGCUGUCCUGUUGCUUGUUGCUAUCCAUUUUAUAUGCCCGUGUACUGCUU